GGCCUGCCAGGGGAAGGAAGCGCAGUGGACGCAAGGGUUUUGUCUCGAAGUGGAACAUAGCUGGAAUAUUAAAUAUUCUGUUGUGUUUGUUUAAGAAAAAAGAAUAUAACCUUUUCUGUCCGUGGGAACAAAUAUAUUUUAGAGGAUCUUGUCACAAGUUCCAUUUGAAUGCCCAAGACAAAAUUAAUGCGAAUAUCAUCAUGAAUAGGAAUAAGCGUGAGAAAGAGUAUUAUAGUAUAGAUGUAGGAGAUUCAACAUUCACUGUAUUGAAGCGCUAUCAAAAUUUAAGACCCAUUGGAUCUGGAGCACAAGGCAUCGUCUGCUCAGCAUAUGACCACAUCUCGGAGAGAAAUGUUGCCAUUAAGAAACUCAGUCGACCCUUUCAGAACCAGACUCAUGCAAAACGGGCCUACAGGGAGCUGGUGCUCAUGAAGUGCGUCAACCACAAGAAUAUCAUUGGCCUAUUAAAUGUAUUCACACCACAGAAGACGCUUGAAGAGUUUCAAGAUGUUUAUCUGGUGAUGGAGCUGAUGGAUGCCAACCUCUGCCAGGUGAUCCAGAUGGAGCUGGACCAUGAAAGACUGUCUUAUCUCCUCUACCAGAUGCUCUGUGGCAUCAAGCAUCUACAUGCUGCUGGCAUCAUACACAGGGACCUGAAGCCCAGCAACAUUGUUGUGAAGUCUGACUGCACGCUGAAGAUCCUGGACUUUGGCCUGGCCCGGACAGCUGCCACGGGCCUCCUCAUGACUCCCUAUGUGGUGACGCGCUAUUACCGGGCCCCCGAGGUCAUCCUGGGCAUGGGCUACCAAGCCAAUGUUGAUGUCUGGUCUAUUGGCUGCAUAAUGGCCGAAAUGGUCAGAGGCAGCGUGCUGUUCCCAGGCACAGAUCACAUUGACCAGUGGAAUAAGGUGAUCGAGCAGCUGGGCACGCCGUCUCCGGAGUUCAUGAUGAAACUCAACCAGUCGGUGAGGACAUAUGUCGAGAACAGGCCACGCUAUGCAGGCUACAGCUUUGAAAAGCUCUUCCCAGAUGUGCUCUUCCCUGCUGACUCCGACCACAACAAACUGAAGGCGAGCCAGGCCAGAGACCUCCUCUCUAAAAUGCUGGUAAUAGACGCAUCCAAACGGAUCUCUGUGGAUGAGGCCCUUCAGCACCCCUACAUCAAUGUGUGGUACGAUCCAUCCGAAGUGGAAGCGCCCCCACCGCUGAUCACAGACAAGCAGCUGGAUGAGAGAGAACACACUGUUGAGGAGUGGAAAGAGCUAAUAUAUAAGGAGGUGCUGGACUGGGAAGAACGCUCGAAAAAUGGGGUUAUCCGCGAACAGCCCGCCCCAAUAGGUGCAGCAGUGAUGGGUGGCUCCCAUCACCCUUCUACAUCCUGCACAUCUGCUAAUGAAGCGUCGUCCAUGUCCACCGACCCCACGCUGGCCUCGGAGACGGACAGCAGUCUGGAGCCCUCUGCCGUGCCGCUGGGCUGCUGCAGAUGACCAUCGUCCUGUUCCCCUGUCCCCGCUUCCACCUAUGUCCACUGGCAGAGAGUUUACACCAGUUUACACCACUUCAGAAAGAUGCCCUCCCCCCCGCCCUUCAAUUUCAGACGAACAGUUUCUUCAUUGGGAAAGGCAGAAUAAGGUGAGAGUUUUUGAGGGCACCUUUAAAAGCUUUUACACCAAACCAGCAUUACUUUGAUUACGUUAAAUUCAGGUCAUUUGACUGGGUGUCUGAUUGAAGCUAUCACUACAUCUUCCCAUGCAGUCGAAGACUGCUCUGAGGUCAUUUCUCAAGACUGUAUUCUAAAUCUCAUUUUAAGGUGGUUUUGAACUUCUUACUUUGCAGUGAGCACUGUUCACUGUGAUUUAGUUGAACGUCAGCAGAGUUGAGAUUUAUUUGCAUGACUCCACCCUCCCACCAGUGUUGGGAGAUGAAGAGCUCUUCCAUUCUGUUUCUGUGUUUUGGCGCUGAUGGUGUACAGAACACAUUUUGUUUGACUGAAGUUCUAGCUUCAUCAUUUGUCUACUAAGAAAAUAUUAGGAUAUCGGCUGUCGCAUAACUUCAUGCUUCAGAGAUAUCAGUCCACUCAUUCGAUAUUAUCUUACAAAGGAUAUCUUCAGAUUCUUUUAGUGUUUAAGAUUCUGAUUUUGUCCUCGUGUGUGCGUGUUGUUUUUUUUUAUUUUUUAUUUUUUAUAAAUACUUCAGCCUCAGUACUUCACAAAUGUUGCUGUAUGAUCUGGACUGUAAAUUAUUUUAAACAAAUAAAUAAUACAAAAUAGUGGGCAAUAUAAAAGUUUUACAAGGUCAUAAAGGUUGAAGAUUAUACUAUUAUUUGAUUUAGUUUAAUGUGCAUCCCACCACUGGAAUAUAUCAGUGAGUGUUUUGAGAUUCUUGUGUGCACUUAUUUGAUACCAGAUGGUAUUUGACUUGGAGGAUGAAAUGUCAGACGUAUGAACAACAGUACAAAUGAAAAAAAUCUUAAGUGAUGUUUUGGCAUUGUUUGGGAAUAUGAUAAAAUCUAAUACAUAAUCUAAUCUAAUUUAGAAGACUAUACUGAAAGGACUGCUUUCACCCAUUUUAUUUUCUGAUGAUUUAGCACACAGCCAUAUAUUUUCAGCAACAAACGUCCUAAUAACAUUUUAAUAACUAUGGAAGAGUACAGCUCCAUUAUAAUACUGUCAGCAAAGCUAUGACUAGACUUGUAUGCAUGUAUGUAUGCAUGCCCUUGACAGUUCCCACAAUUACUUUGAAUGCAACAGUAUCACAACCAAUGUCUGUGCUACAUUCUAAAACUGUAUGCAAUUUUUUUUUCCAGAGCUAUUUUAAUUUUGCUUAUAAAAGGAUGAAGUGCCUGGGUGAAAUAUUCAUUUGCAAAUAACUCAUAAAAGGAGAAAGUGAAAACUCUUUCAGGUGGACUGUUCUUAAAACCUAAUUAAUUCCUCAAGACUGGAUUAUGAAUUUAACAGUUCAUAUGUAUGGAUCAUGUAUUUUUAAAUUUUUAUUUUAUUUUAUUUUUUUUAUUUAGUAUGAAAUUUAAAGAUUGUUGGAAUGAUGGGAUGUUUGGAUAUUGUGACUUAAUGUAACGUAGUUCUUUUAUUUGAGCAGGGCAGUUUUUAGCAGGGUCUUUCAUCAAAGUAACUGAAUUUUAAAUGUUUGGCAGUGAUAGUAGUACAUGGUUCGCAGCUUUACUUAAUGAAAACAUGCAUGGUUCUACAGCAUAUGCUAAUGCUGAUGUGGUGGUGUUGAAAAUGAAAUCUUCCUAGAACGUAAAAUGACAAGUUAUUGAACGUUUGUGUAUGUUGUGACUGGUGAAGGAUGUUGGAAAGGUGAAUGGGAAUUGAAUGCUGAACAGUUGGCCAACAAAUUGUAUUCAUUUUGAAUGAGGGAAAACAAGUUUCUACAUUUUUGUUGUUAGCUUUUACUUCUUUUUUUAAACAAUAAGUGCUCUUAUUGUUCUUUACCCACCAGUAGGGAUAACCACGGUAUUGGUUUUGUGCUGAGUUUGCUUUAAUUACAAUUACAGUUCUGUCAUGUACUAAUUACAUUAUGAUUCUAAUUAUGUAGACUUUGAUGAACUACCUCAGUCUAAAUUUCUAAAAGUUCUUGAAUAUUUAGCUGCCCGUGUAUUAAAUGUUGAAAUGUUGAGGACAUGUUAAUACAGAUUCCAUUAUUUAUUUAUUUGAAAGUAAACUAUUGUUAAUAGUAGGAAACAUCUAGUUUUGUACAGUAUGUAUAUUUCAUCUAGAUUUAAAAUCUCUGUAAUGUAAAUUUAAGGGUAUUUUUUUUCUUUGUUUCUUUUUACAGAUCAUGUGCAAUACUAUGCUAUCUGUGCUUAGUUGUAGGAGUUUUAUCUAGCUACAGUGUAUUAGCUGUAUGUAGAACUGUUUGGUACUGUUGGUUUAGUUAAUUUUCAUCCAAUUAAAUUCAUUUCAUGGUUUUUAUUUUUAAGCAUUUGGAUGAUCAUCUCUGUCUCCAGUUAACUUGUCUUAUCAAAACUGAUGAUCUAGGACUAGGAUUCAGCGCAUUGGGUUAUUCUGUUAAGGCCAAAAGGUUGGGUGGGGUGGGUGUGAAGGAUCUUAUGUUAUGCCUGAAGCCAAAUUAUAUAAGCUGGACUGUAUUUUUGCUAGCAAUACUGGCCCUGCAAGUAGUUAAGAAUUCCUGGCUGUGUGUGCACCUUACUGCAUACACACAAUGUGAAGUGCACUAAUAGAAUACAUGCACUGGGAUCUCACAAUGCCAAUGUUACAACAUGUACUACAAAUAAAUACUUCUGUUUCAGA